CACACGAUCUUCUGCGUGACAUAAAACUCCAAAAACCAACUGUGCUUUCGUGGUCAUGUUUGUAGUUCAUCUGCCACUGCCUUGCGAUGAGGGUGUUUAGGCGUCGCCGCUCAAGUUAUACAUACGCACUUUUGGGAACUGUAGUUUUUGGUGGGCUGAUCUGGUACUGGAAAUAUGGAGGCGAUGCAGUUUUUGCCAAUUCAGACAAGUCAAUGCGAGGAAGGUGGAAACGAUAUUUGGAUUACAAAAACGGCGAGCAGAGUCGAUCAGCCGGUGAGCAAGGAAAAGCACUUCAUUUGGCUGGGGAGGAAAAAGUAGAAGCAGAAAGGCUAAUGCCUUCAGAAGCCUUCAAUCGCAUCGCUAGUGAUAAAAUUUCACUGGAAAGAUCAAUACCAGAUGUGAGAGAUCCAGGAUGCAAGAAAAUUGACUAUCCAGUAGAUUUGCCAACUGCAAGUGUGAUCAUAAUAUUUCACAAUGAGGCCUGGUCACCUCUGCUUCGUACUGCACACAGCGUAAUUAACAGGUCUCCUCCUCAAUACCUCCAUGAGGUCAUUCUUUUGGAUGACUUCAGUGAUAAACCACAUCUUGGGGAAAAGCUGAAGAAAUAUGUUGAAGACACCUGGCAUGGAGAGGUAAAAAUUGUAAGAACAACAGAACGUAGUGGACUGAUAAGAGCCAGGCUAGCAGGGGCCAAUGCAGCCACAGGAGAUGUCUUGAUCUUUCUUGAUUCACACUGUGAAGUCAACACAGGCUGGCUUGAACCUCUGUUAGCUAGAAUUAAAGAGGAUCGAACAGCUGUUUUGUGCCCAGAGAUAGACCUUAUAGACAAAGACACACUGGAGUAUGGGGGCACUGGCAGUUAUUCAGUUGGGGGAUUCUGGUGGAGCCUGCACUUUUCCUGGCGUCCAAUUUCUCCCAGAGAAAAGGAACGACGAGCUGCUCACCCUGAGGGAUCUGUUUCGCCAAUUAGGCUGGAACCUAUUCUGGCUGAAAUAAAGAGAGAUCGCACCGUCGUGGCUUGUCCUAUCAUUGACGCAAUUGAUGAUUUUACACUGGCAUACUCAUUGACUGGGGGCUACAAUGUAGGGGGUUUCACCUGGAGCGGUCAUUUCACAUGGAGAGAUGUUCCUGAGGAAGACAAGCUACACCGAGCCUACACAGAUCCUGUUAGAUCCCCUACAAUGGCAGGAGGUCUGUUUGCAGCUGACAGAAAGUAUUUUUUUGAGAUAGGUGGUUAUGACCCUGGAAUGGAUGUUUGGGGUGGCGAAAAUCUAGAAAUUUCAUUUAGGGUGUGGAUGUGUGGAGGGAAGUUGGAGUUUAUUCCAUGCUCUCGUGUGGGUCAUAUCUUUCGAUCUAGCCAUCCUUACACUUUUCCAGGGAACAAGGAUACACAUGGGAUCAACUCCAUGCGUUUAGCUGAAGUGUGGAUGGACGAAUACAAGCGAUUGUUUUACAUGCACAGAAGAGACCUCUUGGGACAAGACUAUGGUGAUAUUUCAGAGCGUGUAGCACUUCGCAAGAAACUUAACUGUCAUAGUUUCAAGUGGUUCCUUGAGAAUGUCUAUCCCGAGAAAUUUAUACUUGAUGAACAUGUCCGUGCCUGGGGAAUGGUGCGUAACCCAGCUUCUAACCAGUGUCUUGAUACUCUACAAAAAGAUGAAAAGACAGAGUUUGAAAUGGGGCUUUUUAGUUGUCAGAAUGGUGCUAGCGCCAACCAGGUCUUUUCACUAAGUUUUGAUGAUGAACUCCGAAGAGAGGAGGGUUGCCUUGAUACUUCAGGGCAAGAAGGAAGCCAUCUUAUACUCAGACAGUGUCACCAUCUGAAGACUUCAAUGAAAUGGAAACAUGAUAAGGAAAACAACAAGAUCAUCCAUGCAGAUUCUGGGAGGUGUUUGGAUGCAGCAGGACAACAGAGUAAUGGUUAUGUGGUGAUCAAAGAUUGCCAGGCUGUCGAUUCCCAAGUCUGGAUAUUUCAACAUUAUCUUGACUGAUAUAUUUAAUUAUUUUUUGUCUGUGCUGCUGAAGUCAAGCAAAAUAUGAAUCAAUUGAUUACACUGGUCCACACUGAAAUUAUUACUGACUUGAAAAGGUCCUAAUCUGUAGUAUCUUGGUGUACUGAACACAAAUAUAACCAUGAAAACUUUUUAUUGGCUCUCGUUUUGAAGAUAUUUAAUGUAGUUCAUUUUUUAUGUUUCACCAUGUAAAUUUAUCCAGUAGGACUGUAACAACAUCCUAAAUAAAUCUAGAAUGAUGUAAUAUUGCAUCAGAUUGCAUAAUACCAUCAUGCACACAUCAUCUAGAGUUUAUUGCAUCAUUUUCUGAUGCAAUAGGCUACUAGUGCCAGGCGGCUGCUGAAGUAAGCUGACAUCAGCAGUGUACUUUAUAUAAAGCCCAGUCAAAAAGGUUGAGCAUUUAAAAUAUUUCAGACUGUGGGAUGCAGUUUAAGCUGCUGUUACAUAAAACUUAUUAUUUUAUCAAUUUAGUUACUAUAUUGAGCACUAAUGCCUCAAAAGUUUGUUAAUACCGUGGACAAUUUUUGCUGUAUUUGUGGGAAAGUGACAUUUGCCUACCAGAAAAAAAGUAUCACUUUUCAAAUGAAGAAGGCAUAUUAUUUUACGCAAGAUUGGCAAACAAGACAAGCCUUGGGCCCUGCAUAUAUGCUGUGCUACAUGUGCAAUACAACUUUCGCAGUGGUUGAAUGGCAAAAGACCGUUAAUGCCGUUUGCAGUCGCCAUGUUGUGGAGAGAGCCAAGAAACCACAGAAAUGACUGUUACUUCUGCUUAGUUUCUCCUUUUUCUGGUGGGAUAACGAAACAAAAGAAGUCAAGAAUAGUCUACCCCAACAUUCUGUUUGCAUUGAGACCAGUUCCACACGAUGAGAGACUUCCUACUCCAGAACCUCCAGCAGAAUACAGAUUUUCACUGUGGGGCACCAUGAACCCCACACAAAAUAACACAGGAAGAACUAAAUGAUCUGGUUUGUGAUUUGGAUAUCCAAGAACAAGGCUGAAUUACUAGGUUUAAGACUACCAACAGUGGAAUCUUCUAAAAGACAUCACAUAACUUCAUAUGGAAUGCUUUUCGCCUAGUGUCUACAAACGUUCUCAGGAAUGUUGGAGCAGAAAACUACAAAUAACUAGUAGAAGACAUGCUGAUGCAGUAUCAGAAACUUGGCUGCAAUAUGUCUCUAAAGAUCCACUGUCAUCAUUCCCAUCUGGAUUUCUGUCCUGAUAACUGUGGUAUGGUUAGUUAUGAACAUGGCGAACGCUUUCAUCAAGUUAUCGCAACAACAGAAAAAAGAUAACAGGGAAAACGCUAUCAUGCUGGCAGACUACUGCCGGAGACUCCCCUGAACAGCUGUACAAGAGACAGGCAAAGUAAUUUAAGACAGUCUAUGAAUUGAUCUUUUACAGGUAUUAACCAUAGGUCAUUUAUUAUUAGCAUGCAUUUCACUAUGUACACAAUAAUUAUCGCAGAUUACAAAAAACCAGAGCCAAUUUUGCAUUUUGUUUGUCACACUUGUGUUCAGCUGAUAAAAAUUGAUAAGAAAUUAUUAAUUUUAUUUCAGUAACAUGACUUUGGUAAAAAUUUGUUGACCAGUGUUAUUGUUGAUGCAUUUGUGGGUAUGCACUCGUGGUUGUGGUUGUGGGUAGUAGUACUGUGUAAUUGAGGGUGGCUAUUGAAUCAAGCUGACUUAAGGAAAUAAAUACUGCCACAUGGCUGAUUUGAGACAUGAAACCAACUUAAAGGGCAGUACUAGUGUACGGUGGGAAAGGCAUAAGUUGCCUUUUCCCUUGACAAUAGUCAUCAAGUUCCAAGUGCUGAGUUCUUGAAAGUUAUACCACCAUGCUCCUUAACAAAGGCGAUACGGGCAUAAAGGAUAUUAAAGUAUUCUUUAACCUGUAAUCCAUAUUAAGCAUUGUGCUCUUAAUGGUGUGUGAAUGUGUGCACACAAGUAAGAGAGAGAAUAUUUGCCAUGUAUGUUUGUAUCUUGGGUGCUUUAUUUUAUGAUUGCUGUGUACAUCCAAUGUCUAUAUAUAUAUUAUAUGAGGGAAAGAGUCACACUUUACACACUUUAGUAUGUUCUUUUGCUAAAGCGAACUAUAUGAGUAACUUUAAUGUUUUAAAAUAAAGUUCAUUUUUAUAUGAGUCAGUUUAUAUUGAAAUUUUCUUGUUUCGGUUUAGCAACAAUGCGUACAUUUUUGAUGCCUUUUGAUGAAAAAUACCUUCAUUACCAACGCAGUCCUUUGUAAUUUUUAAUUCCAGACUGCUAUACUUCUGUUAUAAAGCGUCCUGCUGUUGUACUUACCAUACACAGACUACAUAAGAUAAUGUGAUGCAUGUAAAGUAUUUUUAUAUUAUGCAAUCUUAUCCAUCCUUUUUAUGGAGAGUUUGAACUGUUUGUUAUGAAUAUACACCUACCUAAUCAUGACAAAUCCUGGGCAAUAUAUAUAUUUUUUUUGUUCCCAGUUUGGGCCACUUUAGAAUCCAGAAAAUGAAGCUUCUUUGUUGCUAUUCUUUCACUGACAGUGAUACAUAAGCUAUAGAAGCAAAAUGGUUCACCAGUGCUAAUGUGCAAUUGUUUUGAUAUAAUUCAUGCACUUUUAUUUGUACCUGCCUGUCAGGUACAUUUUGUGUUCCCUAAAGUAGACUUCCUCUGCUCCUCUUUGCCUUCUCGUUACUUAUGAGGGAAAUGCUUAAGUUGUUAAUACAGGUGCUUUUUCAUUAUUCUUGCCAUUUACUUUGCUUCAUUUGUGGUACAUUAUCAACUGUAGUGAAUUUCCUUGUUAAGUAUAAAAUGCAUUACAUGAAAGUGUUUUAAUGUGGUUAUAAGUUACAGGGUUAUUAUUCAUGUCAUGAGGGUGCCUUUACAAGUUUUCCAUUACAUUUUGUGGUAUGAGUGUAUUUAAAUCUGGAUGAGUAUGUUCAAACGGUGCAAGGUUUAUCACUUCUUUUGUCCACCUUUGCAAGUACCAUCUAACAAGUACUUGUUAUUGUAUUUUCAUAUUGAACAAACAGUAAAGACAAAUAGCACUAUUAGUAUCUAAAAGAUGUUGAUACUCUGAUAGCUAUCAUCUUACCUUCUUGCUUUAAACCUUGGAUCUUCUCCCAAAUUUCCCCUUGGUCUUGUGGAUGCAGUUGUUAUAAGCUGCUGCUCAGAUUAGCUUCUAUCCACUCGAGUAACUAUUGUCUCUGUUCUUCUGUGGAUCUGAUGUGCUGAAUUGUUCUUCUGAGGACCCCACAAAUUCUGCUUAGCCAGUUGUGCAAAAACAAGCCUUUAACAUCAUUUUAGUUUUUAAUGGUGUAUAUUUCUGGUUUUUCUGGGGAUAUGUUAGUAUUAUUUUGCAAAUGUAAUUGAUUCUAUAAAAUGGACAAAGUUGGCAAAGUUAACUGUUAGUAUAACACUUUGAAUACAUGUUGCGUACAUCAAUCAGCAUUAGUUUCAUUCACAAUAUCAUCCUUGCUAUAUAUAGUAAGAGUCAGUGUUGGUGACUUUAGUACAAAAUGUUAAAGUAAGGGCUUUUGUUUCUAUUUAUAUACAUGGCUAGCAAGUUUUUUUUUUCUGGUGAAGCUUGUCAAGUUAAGUGUAGGAGCUGUCUGUAUAUUUGUGUGUGUGAGAGAGAGAGAGGAAGAGAGAGUCACUGAGAUAACAUAAAGGCUGGAAAGAAAAUUAAAUUGAUUACAGAUCUGCUUUAUUUCAAAGAGAACACUAGUGGAAAGUUGAAGAAUUCUUGUGAUGAUCUUUGAAAUGCUAGCAGAACCUUCUAUGCACAUCAUUAAACAUUGUUCUUAAUACCUCGUUUUACCUCAUUGUUUAACCACCAAGCACAAAGAACAUAUGCAUUUCGGCAAUCGUACUUUUGAGACCUAAUUCAGCAUUCAGUUUUGGAUGACACUGAGUGUGAUUGUGUACUAUCACAUGACAUGAUAACUUCUGAGGUUACUGCAGCUUGAUAUUUGGUGACUUAAUAUUUUGGUACAUUUUUUCCAUAUAAUGCCAUGUGACAAGAUAAAAGAAAAGUCAGAAUGGUUUUUUAAUAGAAGUUUUACAGUAAAUGAAUUAUUCAUGAAAUACUAUACCGUCAUGCCUCACUUAACAAUGGAUAAGUCUUUAGGCCAUUGCUGGUUCAUCAUAGGGUGGACUUAUAAAGUAGUAGUUUGUCAUCAUUAUCAAAUAUCCAUUGUACAUAAUUAUAUGUGCUGUACAUUUGUAUGACCGGCAGCGCAGCAGGCUUGUUUAUAUCAGCAUCAUCACAAAUGUAGGAAGAACAUCUUGUACUGCACUGCUGUGACAACUACAUCAGCAAGGGAUAAGAAUUGUUCAGCUUCAUGGAAAUAUUUUGGGACCACCGUUGUAUAUGCAGUCUGCUGUUGACGGAUGCAUUGUCAUAUGAUGCAUGACUGUACAAUGUUUUAAAUACUAUUUCGACAGGUAGAUUUUUGUUUAAACAAUUUUGAAAAUGUGAAAAAAAAUUGAUUUUGUUUUAGCUUGGUAUUAAAAGUAUUAAAAUUGUUGUGGGUCUUUAAUGAAUACGCACAUUAUUUUAACCACUAUUGGUUAGUGUGCAAGUGUUCAAAGAACUGUUUAUCUGGAGUGGCAUAAUUUAUGGAACAUGGUGAAUACUAAUCUGGAAGUUUUGACGUUUGAUAAUUGCUAGUAAAGCAGAUCAAUAUAAGUGAAUAGCAAAUGAUUUUUUAAAUUUAAUAUUGUGAAUGUUGGCUUUUUACCAGACUGGGAAAAUUCUGAUGGUUAUCUUGCUACUUAAAGCAAUUUAAAAUAAAGAUUAAUGGUAUACUGGUAUGUUAAAUAAUAAGAUGGUGACAAAGCGUGUGUGGUUCCUUGUACUCUUCUUGAAAAUUUUUGUGUGAAAAUGCCAUCCGCUGAAAUGCAGCCGAUAAAUUUUACAGAUUGUG